UCCCGCUCCGGUAAGGGUGUGUUCAGGGAACCGGGAUCAGCUUGAGGCCAGCAUGAGCCAGAGGGAGGGGAGUCUGGAAGACCCCCAGACUGACUCCUCAAUCUCAUUCCUUCCCCAUUUGGAGGCCAAGAUCCGCCAGACACACAACCUUGCACGCCUCCUGACCAAGUAUGCAGAGCAGCUGUUGGAGGAAUAUGUGCAGCAACAGGGAGACCCCUUUGGGCUGCCAGGCUUCUCACCACCGCAGCUGCCGCCGCUGGGCGGCCUGAGCGGCCCAGCCCCGAGCCACGCGGGGCUCCCGGUGUCCGAGCGGCUGCGGCUGGAUGCGGCCGCCUUGAGCGCGCUGCCCGCGCUGUUGGAUGCUGUGCGCCGCCGCCAGGCGGAGCUGAACCCGCGCGCCCCUCGCCUGCUGCGGAGCCUGGAGGAUGCGGCCCGCCAGGCUCGGGCCCUGAGCGUCGCGGUGGAGACGGUGCUGGCCGCUCUGGGCGCUGCAGCCCGCGGGCCCGGGCCAGAACCCGCAGCCACCUCUGCCGCCCUUUCUACGGCCAAUAGCGCUGCGGGCGUCUUCUCUGCCAAAGUGCUCGGGCUCCACGUGUGCGGUCUCUAUGGCGAGUGGGUGAGCCGCACGGAGGGUGACCUGGGCCAGCUGGUGCCUGGGGGCGUCGCCUGAAAGUCAGUACUUGUUUUUUCAAACUUGCCUGGUCCCGCUCUUUGGCUUCUAACUCUGUCUGUCUGUAUCAGUGUGUUCUUGAGUUGCCUCUAUCUUCCUGCACUGUAUUGUCUCUUUCUCUUUGGAUCGUGUCACCUCAGGGAGCUUCCGUGCCCA